AUGGCCGAACAGUUCCUCGAGCCAUACACCGUCUCUGUCCUUGCGAACAUUCUCGAACCACAAUAUAAUGGAUCAAUAGGCCGCGCCGCAGCAUGGGCUGACGGCUACGCGCACACAGACGAGGAGACUGUGCAAAAGGGGGGUUGCGUAGUCUCUGCUAUCGAUAACCAGACGAGCAUACUCAAGGGCUGCAUUUCGGAUGUAAAGGCUGGCAGCCUUGACAACGGCGCAAACUUGACGUGCUCGUACGCGCUCAAGUGGGUAUCGCAUUUCCUGGGCGACAUUGCGCAGCCACUGCAUGCAUCCGGCCGCGCUGCAGGAGGCAACUUCGUCAGGGUGAAGUUUGGCAACGUGUCGACUGAGCUCCACGCCGUAUGGGACCACUACAUUCCCUAUACAGCAGCUAAGGCCACCCAACCCUUCUCGAACGAGACCAUUGCCCCUUUCUUCGAAUACCUCGUAUCUCGCAUCCGGAAAGAUCUCUUUUUGGGAAGCUCCAUAUAUGUGGCUAGCAUACGAUUAAACGCCACCAGCGACCUGGCUGCAGAUGGGUAUGCCGCAGGCGGAGUACCUAUCGUAGAGUUGCAGAUUAGCAAGGCGGCGCUUAGGCUUGCCACUUGGCUGAACAAGUUGGUCGGAGAAGAGCGCCAAAAGCAGUUCGACCAGCACCCGAGUCGCGAAACCUCACCUGCCCGCGGCGCAACUAUUCCCCAGGAUGCCGCCGUUCCCGCCGACCGCAAACUCCUCCGAGAAUGGCAAGCAUCGCAACAUAUAGACCGCGAUGCUCAAGUCAAGAUAACUAAAGUUUCGCACAUGCGAUAUCAGCACCCUGAUCUCGCCGAGAUAACAACAUUCUUGCGCGACUUUGGCAUGAGCGUGGCGCAGAAAGCAGAAGGGAAAAGAUGGUUCAAGGGAUACGGUACGGAUCAAUACUUAUACUAUGCGCAACAAGGUGAGAAGAAGUUCCUAGGCGGUGCGUUUGAGGUCGAGAGCUAUGCAGAGCUAGAAAAGGCAGCGGGAAUACCAGGAGCAUCCGCAAUCCAGGGCUUGACGGACGCUCCAGGAGGUGGAUACAUGGUCACCGUCUACGAUCCCGAGGGUUUCCCAAUCAACCUCAUCUACGGGCAAAUACCUAAAUCUUCCGGUCCUAUGCCCGAAGUCCUCCAAACUAAUUACGAAGUGCAAAAGCCCCGGGUCGCCGCCUUUCAGCGCUUCAAGCCCGGCCCGGCCGCAGUGCACAAACUAGGUCACUACGGCCUCUGCGUCACGCAAUUCCCCGCCCAGCUCGCAUUCUACACGCGUUCCUUCAACUUCGCCCCCACAGACUUUCUUUAUGUUCAGGACGAAGAAGGGGAAAAGAAAGAUGUCGCUACUUUCCUUCACAUCGACAUCGGCCCCAACUUCACAGACCACCACACUUUCUUCAUGUCGUCGAAUCCUACGGCACACGUGCAUCACUGUUCUUUUGAGGUGCACGACUUCGACGCGCAAAAUCUGGGCCACGAGUGGCUCGCGAAGAAAGGGUAUAAGAGCGUGUGGGGCGUCGGGCGGCAUAUUCUAGGGAGUCAAAUAUUCGAUUACUGGUGGGAUACCACUGGGAAUAUGAUCGAGCACUAUGCGGACGGGGAUCUGGUGAAUGAAGAGACUCCGGUGGGUUGGGGAGCGGCUGGAGAUGAGAGUUUGGCCGUUUGGGGACCCGAGGUUCCAGGUUGGUUUUUGGAUUGA